AUUGAAGAUUUGAAAAGGCUAUACAACUAACGGACAUUCAAUAUGGUUGUACAUGUUCUUGUGAUAAAAUUACUUGUUUAUUAGAGUAUUUUGCAAUAAAACGCCGUUUGGAUUAUGCAUCAAGGACAGGGUGUAUUUUCUACCGGGAAUUCUUAUGCGACAAAUUAUAGGAUCGGAGGCAGCCAAUCUAACGCGCAACCUCACGCAUUAGGAGGAGUUGGCGUGCCGCCACCGCCUACAUACAGUUCUGCGAUUUCCGGCUCGUAUCACAAUGUACCGGUCACGCAGCAGCACCACGGUGCGACGGUGGCUCCCUAUCCCGCGCAAGGCAAUACUGCCGGUAACGUUUCAUACCUAAAUGGAGGGCCGACGGUCGCAAACGGACAGAACGUCGGAAAGCCUUUCUGCACACCGUGUGUGGGGUGCGGCAUUUUCUUUGGUAUCAUAUUCGUCGUGGUCAUCCUGCCAGCUAUCAUCUAUUACGCUGUGGUCUCCAUUCGCGAUAGCUAAACGAGUGGUGCAAAGUAGGCAAUUCACAAAGGACCACGGUAAACAUUCACCAAUCGUCAUACGAAAUAAUGUUCGCCUAUACAUGUUGUUAUAAAUUACAUGUAUGUGUUCAGCAUGGCGCCAAUGGUACAGAGGGCCGACAGUACUUCAGUGGUAUAACAAGAGCAUGAAUUAACGGUCGUGUUUUACACCGUCAACCAAAUCGUAACAACUCGGCAAUCUCCGGCAAGCUUCGAGAUAGACAGUCAAAUAUGUUUGAUACUGGCCGAGGUGUUCCGAUUGACUGUCGACCAAGGAAGGUACCCGAACACUUUAUAACCCCAGUGUAGAUGUUUGGGCUUCACCGAAAUAGUUUUAUUGCGCGAGUGGUUUUAUUUAAGGCCAUUUUACAUCUGAUGCAUUAUGACAUUGUUCCAAAUUUUUUUUUUAACUUAAAGCUUUUUAUUAAUUCAUUUCUUUAAUAUUGUUAUUGCUUUCAUUAUAUUUUUGGCAGUUUUCUUAUUGUGGCAAUCAUUCUGCAUACAAUGCUGCUGUUUUGUUAAGUUUCAUACUGAAAAUGUACUAUAUAUACAAUGUUAAAUAUUUAUAAUGAGUAUUAAUAAAUGUUCUACUAAAUUGUAUAUUCCAGGGCUGAUAGAAUACUAA